UCCUGUAGUUGGCCGACUGGCCGCUAGGUGUCUCCAUCAAUCUCGCAACAAUAGCCAAACCAAAACCCAGUUUCAGUCUUCAGUUUGUCAAGUUCUGCCGGUUGGUUCGGUCAUCGUAGGCUGAUCUUGAAGUGUUCUUGAACCAUGGUGCAAAUUUCAUGUCAGUGUUGCCUAUUAGUGAUCGCCACAGUUUUUUUGGCAGUGCGUCCUACAUUAGAACUGUUUGUUGGAAAAACCGGAGAGCAGCCAGUGGAAAGGCAAAGCCAGGGAGAGAGUGACACAGACGGAGAUGGAGAGAUGGAGAUGUACCAGGAGGCAGCAUCUCUUCCACUGCCACCACUUGUACAGCCACCGCCUCCUCCCCGGCGGUCCAAGAAGCGCCGGAAGCGAUCUUCUGAAAGCAUGAGAGACUCCAUAGUGUUCCCAGACCAAGUUCCCAGUGCCUCGCAGGAGAAGAGCGACAGUCUGGAGGACAGGAUAUUUGUGGUCCCCAAUACUGCAGGUCCCCCGCCCUGUGCUCGCGGGUCCACCUUCUGCGAGUCCGUCGACGAGUAUCCUGCUGAACAUGUAAUAAAGCUGCUAAGAAAGGAACCGGUUUUUGUUAGAGGAUUCUUCCAGGACGAGCGGAGAAAAUACAGCAUAGCAGAUGAUGAUGUUCAGGACAGAAUUGAUAUUUCCGACGAAAGUCCACUGUGCGCUGCUCGGGAGCACACUGUUUACCCAAAGAUGGCCAAGAACAUUGAAGGUAACUGGCUGUUUGUAAUCAACCAAGACGAGUACAUCCAGGGCGUUCGCGUGGAGAAGUGUCUGAACGAUCGGGAAUGCUCAUUCCCCGCAAGUCUACCAAACGGCUACCGAUCGCAGUGCAAGCAGAAGUACAUCUACCGCAAGUUGGUAGCACUGAACGGCACCGGCCAAGGCGUCAUCUCAGACUCAUUCCAGUUCCCGUCCUGCUGUUCGUGUGUGAUCAAGCUGGACCAUACGCACAACCGGUUCGGUGGUAGCAGUGGGGGUAGUGGAGGUGCCCCCCUCCCCCUUCCCCUCACACUGCCCAAGAGCACCCCCACACCACUCAAGAACAAGAAGCCCUGAGCGCAACAUUUCUAGUCACCCUCGCUAACUCCCAGGCUGUACUUCCUUGGUUUGAAAAAUCACUUCUACUACAGCACAAGCCAUCAAUGUAUUUGCCGAUCAAAUUCACUUUGAAGUGUAUUUUGUAAUCGUAAUUUGUAGUGAAAGUAGUCAUUUAUAAAUUUUUCAUUUACGCGUAGUAGUAGAAUAGCGAAGGCAGUUAAAAGUGCAAUGUAAAAAUAAAUUAUUGUUUUUUUUUUCAAGAUUUAGUAAUCAUAAUAAUCGAAAAAAUGUUCAUAUUUGUUUGUUAUAAUUAGGAAAUUCAAAAUGUAAAUAAUUUAUGCUGUUGAGGCUGAAAGUGUAAUAGCAAUAUUAAUCCGUAUAUGUUUUAAACAAGUUUAUAUCUAAAUUUUUUUUUAAUUGCGUGCAAAUUAUAAUUUUAUUUUAAUGCCCAUAUUGUACUUGAAGAAACUUAGCAGAUUACAUAUGUAUCUAUAAGUUUUUAGCGAUAAAUUUACAAAAUGUAUUUUUUUUAUUUCACAAAUACUUUUUAAUAAGCACAAUUUUUCUGACACACGGCUUAAUUUUCCACACCUUGUUUUUUACUAUUUUAAAAUUCUGAAAACUAAAACACUAAGAGUUAAUUGUGAGAAAUCCAAUUUUGGUGAUACAUACAUUAUCGUCUUUUUUCAACCUCAUUUACGAUGAUUAUUAAUUAGACAUGUAAAACUUAACUGUUAAAUUUGUAUAGCACAACCUCUAUUGUGGUUGUUGUCUGCGAUAAAUACAAUAAUAAAUGCUAUGAAUUGUCGAUAAUAAAUGCUGUGGAUUGUCGAUAACAAAUGCUGUGGAUUGUCAUUAGUACGGUACAUUAAUGUUUUUAACAAGUCUCUGUCAACUUGAUAUAAUGUGUGUUCCUCCUUAAUUAUGUGUGACCCUGGCACAUUAGCAGUUGUUAUUUGAAUUUCAUAAGAAAGUAUUUCCAAUAGAAACUUCUGUCUAAGUGGAAUUUACCACGCGCUAUAAAAUUUAAAUUGCACUAUUGCUUUUUUAACUAAAUUUCAGAACAUUAAUACAGCCUUUAUCUGAUCUGAUCUAGUAAUUCCAAAAUUUUAGAUGUAGUAACUUAAUAUCAGAUUAUUUCUACUGCUACGUUUAAAAUAUUCUCUCCAUUUUUCAUGUUAUGGAUUUUUAAUAGAAUUUUUAGAAUAAAUACUUCACACUCAAACUUACCAAAAAGUUAUUUGUUUAUUUACAACUAUUUAUUUACAAACAAAUAAAAAUUUAAUUUGGAUAUCAAAUUCCAACAUUUUUGUAUAUAACUUACUGUAUUGUAUAUAACUUACUGGUAUGUAAAUUGAUAAAAUAAAAAAAUAAAGAUUGUACAUAAAGAAUAACCAGAAAGAACUUUCAGUAAGAUUACCUGACUUAAAUGAACCCAUUCAUUGUUUUGCCUUUUUUAUUUUGUGAUCCAUUUUAAUAAUAAUGACAGUUGUAUUUAGUAUUACAUAAAAAUAAACACAAAGCAAUAGCUUUUAUGGAAAGUACAUAUGAAUAAAACGUCGCUAUUCUUAUCCUUAAAAUAUUUAUACAAAGCAUAGGCUUAGAAUAAGUUUUUGUACAUAUUGUAAACAUCAUCAUGUCUAUAGAAUUAGAAUAUUUUUUGUAUAUAAAUAAUUCCAGUUAAACUAUGUAAAUAAUGUAUUGUGAAUAUUGUACUGUGAAUAAAAUCUUAAGCAAUGUUU